UUUUUUCCCCUCAUAAACCCUCCUUCUCACGCCUGAGUGACUCGUCUGUUUCCUUAUUGAAGGUAAUCGUCCUCAGUGUCUUUAUCACCUCCAUCAUGAAGACGCUGGUUGUGUCUGUGCUUCUUUGUGCCAUGAUGGUUCUGUCCAGAACUGCUGCCCAGAGUCCCAGAGUCAAGAGGUCAACAUCUUGUCCCAACCACUGGACUGAGAUCAGCGGUCGCUGUUUCCGCUAUGUUGCAAAUCGUUUGAACUGGGGUAACGCUGAGAAAAACUGCAUCGGCAUGGGUGCACACCUCGCAUCUGUGCACAGUGCUAACGAGUAUCAAGACAUCCAGAAGAUGAUUGUGGUGGCCAAUGGGGGGUUUGGAAGAACGUGGCUUGGAGGCUCUGACUGCCAGACGGAGGGUAUCUGGUUGUGGAGUGAUGGUACCGUGUUCGACUACAAACACUGUGGCAAAUUUGACAACCGCUGGUGGAAGCAGCACUGUUUGCAGAUGAACUAUGGAGAGCACAAGUGUUGGGAUGAUGUUCAGUGCUCCAGUACUCUUCCAUCUGUCUGUGCCAAAAAAGUCCAUGACUCCUGAGCUGAUCAUAUACAUCAUUAAUGAUCUACGUCUCAUUUACAUCUUUACCUCUUUACUAUCGCUGUAAUGCCAUUUCAGGAACCAAGUGACAGAAGAUGGAUGGUCUCUUAUGCCUCGUGUCUUUAAUAAGAGAAGACUGAAUGAACUGUGUGAACUAUGUUUUUAGCACUGAAUUAUUUUUUCUUUCAUGCAAAAAUAAAAGGCUCAAGCAUUGAAACAA